AUGGGCGCGUGUGUUUCGGUUCAAAAAUGCCCGGAGCCGGCCGUGGAGCUCCAUUUGUCCGACGGGUCCAAGAACGAUAAGCUCUCACAAGAGGUCGAUGCGGUCAGCGGCGACGAUCACGCCGUUUCUCACUUGAAGUCUGAACUGUCAACUCGUUUUCGCCUCGCUGUCAGUAAAGAUGAAGCGUUCUUCGAUUCUCAGCCUUGGAUAGAGUCGGACUGUGAAGAUGACUUUAUGAGCGUCAAUGGAGAUUUCACUCCGUCUCGCGGAAGUACACCCGUACACCACAAAUUCUCGUCUGGAAAUCCGACGGUAAAUAAUAUGGAAAAGGCAGUAGCAUCCAAUAUGGAGCAGAAGAAGAGACUCUCUGAACUGUUCAAAGAGAGCCUACGCCAUGAGAAGGAGGAGGAAAACGAAACUAAUUUCGAAAAUGUGAAAGCCGUAAACGAGUUUACCAAUGGCUUUGAAGAUGAUAAAUCAGUAACUCAAGAUAAAUUGAUGGGAGCUGAUGAUGAGCCGUAUAAGGCUAUACAAUGUUGCCUUCCAAAUUUUGGUGAUAAGAAAAGGAAGACGAGCCCCAUUUUAGUCCACGGCACAUAA